AUGGGAUUCCCUUUUCUCUAUUUUUGGUGGCUUUAUUUACAUACUGGCCCUGUAGAGGCCAUCGCCUGCCAAGAACCAGAUUACAAGGAGUGUGACGGGGAUGAUGAAGACUUUUGUGGGGUUGUGGGGCAAAUCCUGCUUUCAUACUGUAUUGGCAUUUUGUCUAUAACUUUCAUCAACAACGCUUAUAAUUGGAUUGACCAGAAAUGCCGAGAUGAAGGACUACCUUCUGGCAAAGGGACUAGCAAAUCAGAAGUUCCCAGGGACUCUGUCUGCAUGCGUCACAGCAGCUUCAACGUCGGGGAUUUCCCCAGCAAGUUCUUCAAUGGGAAAAACAAAGAGCACACCUGCCAGUCCACUGAUCCUGCCCUCUCUUCAGAGAUGGCCGCCUCCUGGGCCUACUUAGAAAGAAGGGAAGCAAGGUUCGACUCAAAGCAGGAUAGCGACUCCUCAGACAUAAAUAGCGAGAACUUGGAUUCAGGGGCAUCCUCGGGGAAGGAAAGUGAAACAGAAUAUAUCCCCACCACAGCUCGCCUUAGGCAGAGAAAGAUAGAACUACUGAAGCUAAGGAAUACGGGGAGCCACUGGAUCAGCGAACAACCCUGCCUUCACUGCAAAGCCAAGAGGACAAGAAAAUGGCUGUCCCAGCAUUUCUUUAAUCCCAUGCCGCCUCCUCGUGGGAAGAGCAGUUCAUUAGAAGAGAAUUCCUCCAGGGGUAUCACCACGUGA